CCGGCGCGAAAGCCCCCCUGACCUCCCUUCCCUCCAUGGCGGCCUCUCCUUUACUCCUCAGUCCGUCCACUAGUCGCAUUCACCUCCCGCAUAAAGAUCCGCACCAAUUCAGCAGAGAGCUUCAAGGGGAGGGGGAGAGGAAGGCAGUGGUGCCGGGUGCCGUGUCGGUUCUUGGUGGAGCUGAGCUCCUGCUGCGUGCGGAUCCCUUCGGGAGCGGAGGAGGGCGAAGGGGCCGAGGAGGAUGGGGCGCGGCAAGAUCGAGAUCAAGAGGAUCGAGAACUCCACCAACCGCCAGGUGACCUUCUCCAAGCGCCGGGCCGGGCUCGUCAAGAAGGCCCGCGAGAUCGGCGUGCUCUGCGACGCCGAGGUCGGCGUCGUCAUCUUCUCCAGCGGCGGCAAGCUCUACGACUACUGCUCGCCCAGGACCUCGCUCUCGAGGAUCUUGGAGAAGUACCAGACCAACUCCGGGAAGAUUCUGUGGGAUGAGAAGCACAAGAGCCUGAGUGCGGAGAUCGACAGGGUCAAGAAGGAGAACGACAACAUGCAGAUUGAGCUCAGGCAUCUGAAAGGCGAGGAUCUGAACUCCCUGCAGCCCACGGAGCUGAUCGCCAUCGAGGAGGCGCUCCAGAACGGGCAGACCAACCAGCGCGACAAGCUGAUGGACCACUGGAGGAUGCACAAGAGGAACGGGAAGAUGCUGGAGGACGAGCACAAGCUGCUGUCUUUUAGGAUGGCCUACCAGCACCAACAGGAUGUCGAGCUCAGCGGAGGCAUGAGGGAGCUGGAGAUCGGGUACCACCAGGUCCAGCACGACAGGGAUUUCACCUCCCAGAUGCCGUUCACCUUCCGGGUGCAGCCCAGCCACCCCAACCUGCAGGAAGACGAGUAGCUAGGCUGCUGAAUCUUACUAUGCCGCUCUGAACUGAAGCUCUGCACCUGCAUCUUCUAGCUUGCAUUCAUCGUUCAGUGUCGGCUCUGUAUCUUUCUUUUCAUCUCAAUCUGGAUGAACAAUGCUGUCUGUCAGUUACUUCGAUGUGGUCGUCUGCGUCUCGUUUAACUUUGGUAAGCUAAUGCCAGUCCAUGUCAUAAUGAUGCCAGGAUUAGGACUGAAAAUUGUAACGUUCUAUUAACUUGGUAGCUUAAUCUUGUUUAAUCU